GCCACCGCCACCGCCGCCCUUCCGCCGCUGUCAGCUCCCGAACACCGCGCCGCCGCCAUGGCCGAGGAGGAGGCUCCCAGCGAAGGGUUAUUACCUGUAGACUAGAAAUUUUAGUAACCAAAUAUAGAAUUUGGUCUGAAAACUUGGUUGUGUUGGUGGUGGAAGAAAACAUCCUAUGUACCUCUUAAGUUUUGUGUAAGCUACUGCUGAUGCUGAGGAAAAUGCAGAAAGCAUCCAGUAAAAAGGAGAUAAAAUGACUUUCCACAGAUCAUGACAACUAGGUCUGCAGUGCUGGGGAGAUGCCUCCAUUGAAUGAUGUCAAGCUUCCUACAUCUUGUUUGGAUGGUUAUUCAGCUGGCUUCCUGCCUGGUGUCCCACAUCACUGCUACACCUUAAAGAGGCUGAGGACAAAAUGCUAAAAUGUAUUGCAAGCAUAUACAAUAAACGAUAUGUGUAUAUCUCCAAUGGAAAUAAAAUAUGGACUCUGACGUUCUCUGCAGACCUUUCAAAUAAAACUCCCCUUGUUCUCCUGCAUGGGUUUGGAGGAGGUGUUGGACUGUGGGCUCUCAACUUUGAAGAUCUCUGUGGGAACAGGACCGUUCAUGCUUUCGACCUCUUGGGAUUUGGACGUAGCAGUAGACCACACUUUGACACUGAUGCUCGGGAAGCUGAAAAUCAGUUUGUGGAAUCCAUAGAAGAAUGGAGAAAGGAGGUGGGACUAGAAAAGAUGAUUUUGCUUGGACACAACCUAGGUGGAUUCCUGGCUGCUGCUUACUCCUUAAAAUAUCCAUCAAGGGUCAAGCAUCUUAUCUUAGUGGAGCCAUGGGGUUUUCCAGAGAGGCCUGACAAUGCUGAACACGAAAGACCAAUUCCAAUCUGGAUCAAAGCACUAGGAGCUAUAUUGAGUCCAUUUAAUCCAUUAGCUGGGCUAAGAAUAGCAGGACCCUUUGGAUUAAGCCUUGUUCAACGUUUAAGACCAGAUUUCAAGCGAAAAUAUUCAUCAAUGUUUGAUGAUAACACUGUGGCUGAAUAUAUCUAUCAUUGCAAUGUACAGUCACCCAGCGGUGAAACAGCUUUCAAGAACAUGACAAUUCCUUAUGGAUGGGCAAAAAGACCAAUGCUGCAACGGAUUUCACAAAUGGAUCGAGACAUUCCUAUCACGGUGGUGUAUGGAGCACGUUCCUGUAUAGAUGGUAAUUCUGGCAGCACUAUCCAGUCUCUGAGACCAAAUUCCUAUGUGAAGACAAUAGCUAUCCUUGGUGCAGGUCAUUAUGUGUACGCUGAUCAACCUGAAGACUUCAAUGAGAAAGUGAAAGACAUCUGUGACUCUGUGGACUGAAUGUCCUCUGUUCUUUACAAAGUCAUAGAUAGCAUUUAAUGGCAGUACUCUCUAGGAAAUCACUAAAGAAUACAGAGCUAAUGGAACAGGCUCUGUUUGCACACUGUUUCUUCUAAGAAGCCAUUUGCACACUUAAACCACUGAGUGCCUAUUUUUGAGGGGAAUGAAGAGGUUUGAAGCUAACUUUGUACAGCUUUUUUUUAAUUGUCCUGUCAGAUACAAAAUUACGUGUGACUUUUGAAACUGGAAUUUUCUUCAAAAUUUAAUUGAACUUUGCACAUGUUGAACUCUCUAAAAAUGCUGAAAUUUACAACAUGGAGAACUGUAUCAGUAGAGAUACAAUGUACAAAAUGCAAUUUGGUUUCUUUAUGGAUGUUUGUACUUUUUAGCUGAUGUUUCAUAGCAAGAAUAUGAAACUGCAUAUGUAUUUUUAUUUUUGGAACCCAGAACUCCAUACACAAUAUUUUAAGAAGGUUUGUUUUCUAAUUGGAGUGGUAACAGUUUAUGAAACUGGUUUUGGGAAAGGGAUGGGACCAAAAUAAUGAGCAGUGUGUGUCACUGAAAUAUGUUUGUUACUUCAUAAGAAAUUUGGGCUCAAUAUUAGGAAAUCUAUCUUCUGUUAGAUUUUAUUUCCAUUUAUCUCAAGGCAUCCUUUUCCAUCUGUGCAACUUUUACGGAAGACUCAGUUUCUAAGAGUCAAUGAUGUCACCAGCACUCAUGCUUCCAUAAAUAUUCUGAUGUGUAGAUUUCUGUGAUUUAAAAUACAGAAGAUGGCUUGUUACUCCACCUAUUUUUAACACUUUACUGCAAGAUUUGUUACUAGUCUAAAUAUAACAAUUGUGGAUAAGAUGGUAAGAUUUUAAUUAGGGCUAGGAGAUAUCCACCUGUAUAGUGAGCAGAUUUCCCAUUUUUUUCAGUAGAAAGCCUGGUCCAUAUUUUAGUGAAUUCAAGCUGAAGGAGAGGCAGAGGCAGAAUAUUGAUGUUCUCUAAUUGGGAACUACAACAGCUUAAUGUAUUUUAUUUAACAUUCAGCCUCCUUAUAGGAAGGAUUACUAUUGGAAUGAACAAUACCACUGUAAUGAAGUACAAUUACAUGUUUUUGAAGAUUUUUUUAAUAUAUUUUAAUUGAGUAUUUCAAUAUCAGAGAUAGUGCAGUCUCUGCUACUUUUUGAAUUAUAGUUUGAUGUUAGUACUUCACUUGCCUAGUAAAUGACAUUAAGAAAAAUACUUUGUCACUUUAAAGCCAAAUAAUGGGGUGGUUUGUUUUUUAACAAGUUUACAUAAAACUAUUGAUCUGGUUUUGAAUAUUCAAUUGACUACUGAAGAGUUCUUGAUACUUUUAUAAAAAAAGAAUUUGAAUUAAUGACUACACCAUCUUAAAGCUUGAAUUACGUGCAUUUUUUCCCCAAAUUAAGGAAUUGUUGAACAUGUUUAUUUUGUGGAAGGCAAAGAUACCUAAAAUAUUCAGGACAUAAUGUGAUUAUGUUCCCCAGCAGAACAUAAUCUCCCUUACUGAAGGAGAUAUUUAUCUAUAUGGUGCUAUGUAAACAUCAGACAGUUUUUGUGACUGCCUUGAUUGGUAGCACUUCAUAUCUAGCAAGAUAAAUAUUUUAAUUAAAAAUAAGUAUUGAAUUAAAUUACCUUUUCAAUUAGCAGAUGCCAGAACUGUAAAACAAAAUUUUGGGUUAUUUGCUAAAAUUGUAAGUUGAAAAUGAAAAAUCAGAAUUAUCAAUUCCAUUUUUUAAUAUAAGCUAUAAAUUAUAAGUCAUGCCACCAUUUAGGUGGAUGCCUUCAGCCUAUUGGUUAUUUUUCACCCUUUUCAGUGUCUUAUUUUGUAUUUAUCAACUUAAACAGCUAUUUUAGUUGUGCAUAAAAACCUAAUGCAAAAUAAAUUUUGAGGUUCCUCCAAAUAAUAAAAGGUGAAACAAACUAUUGGUACUUUCAGAUAGCACUUACUGAUGGGAACUGUAGAUUCUGCAUCAAAAGCUGGAAAUAGGAAUAAAAAUUGCACGCUGGAUGUGAAUAUUGUUUUAAAUAUCCCUUGCUUUUUCUGCUUAUUGUACUAAUAAGACUUAUUGCUUAUGUUUUGCACAAUAAAAAAAUUAAAAUGUUAUAUUUGAUUAAUGUUAA